AUGGUCGCUUCACAGGUUUUACCUGCUAGGGGACAGGAGGCAAUUGAGACUGCUCUUAAGGCUGACCUGGUUAUCUUGAACACCGCUGUUGCUGGCAAGUGGCUCGAUGCUGUUCUAAAAGAUAAUGUUCCUCAAGUCCUUCCGAAGAUUUUGUGGUGGAUCCAUGAAAUGCGAGGACAUUACUUUAAGCUUGAGUAUGUGAAACAUCUUCCUUUGGUUGCUGGAGCCAUGAUCGAUUCUCAUAUAACAGUUGAAUAUUGGAAGACCAGGACUCAUGACCGUCUAAAUAUACAGAUGCCACAAACUUAUGCUGUUCACCUCGGGAAUAGUAAAGAGUUAACAGAAGUUGCCGAAGAUAAUGUCGCAAGAAGAGUCCUACGUGAACAUAUACGCGAGUCCCUUGGAGUUAGGAGUGAAGAUCUCCUAUUUGCUAUAAUAAACAGUGUUUCACGGGGAAAAGGACAAGACUUAUUUCUUCAAGCAUUUCAUCAGAGCCUGCAACUCAUCCAACAUCAGAAGUUAAAAGUGCCUAAAGUGCAUGCUGUAGUUGUCGGAAGUGAUAUGAGUGCUCAGACGAAGUUUGAGACACAGUUACGUGAAUUUGUGGCGAAGAAUGGGAUCCAUGACCGUGUUCACUUUGCAAACAAGACGUUGGCAGUGGCACCUUAUUUGGCUGCAAUUGAUGUGCUUGUCCAGAACUCUCAGGCCCGUGGAGAAUGUUUUGGAAGGAUAACGAUAGAAGCAAUGGCGUUCAAGUUGCCAGUGCUGGGCACGGCUGCUGGCGGGACCACCGAAAUCGUCUUGGAUGGUUCAACUGGCCUUCUGCACCCUGCUGGAAAGGAGGGCGUCACGCCUCUCGCCAAUAACAUUGUAAGGCUUGCAAGUCAUGCUGAGCAGAGGGCCUCCAUGGGCAACAAUGGCUAUGCCAGGGUGAAGGAGAGGUUCAUGGAGCACCACAUGGCCGAGCGCAUCGCCACAGUGUUGAAGGAAGUUCUUCACAAGUCUCGGCAGCAUUCUCAUUCCUGA